AUGUCAACCACUUCUCGCCGAACUGCUGAGGUCCUAUUGAUGAUCGCCUUGGUCAUCUUCACCUGUGGUGCCUGGUCUAACAACGGUCCGGCUCUUGAAUGGCUCACCGUCCUCAUUUUCUUCUUCUCCAUCUACAUCACUGAUUUGGUCUUCUUCCCCGUGGAUAAGGCCUUCAUUCACGACCCUUUCUAUUCGACAUAUGCCAAGCUCACAGAUCCCCACUACGAGACCAAUCCCUACAACUAA